CCUCUUUCCUCCAUACAUACUCCCCUUCGCACCCGACGUGCAUACGCAUUUAUACAGCAACAUUCUUAGGCGCACACACUACAUUGCCUUCUCUUUGUUUCUUUCUCCUUACCUCUUUCUCUGUCUCUUAUCUUUCUCUCACAGACCUAAUAUAGAGUGCGCCUUUGGGCUAGUCCCAAAAUUUCCGUGUUUGAAAGUGAUAUUACUUAUUAUCCUCCUGAACUUUCCUUCUUCCCCCUUCCAAAGGACCUCGGUAUAUUAUAAAAUAGACUUCAAGCCACACUGACCUGCAACCAUGUCUCCGUUAACUUGUCCCACCAAGAGUGUCGACAUUGUGGCCAUCCACCAAAAUGCACUGGAGUUCUCCCUGGUGAACGAGAUCCAGCGAGGAAUCUCUCCUCCGGCUGGCACUCCUCGCUCAAUGCCCACCAUGCUACUGUAUAAUGACCAGGGCCUGAAGCUCUUCGAGGAGAUUACUUAUCUCGAGGAGUACUAUUUAACCAACGCGGAGAUUGAGGUGCUGCGCACGCACGCCAAGCGGAUCGUGGAGCGCAUUCCGGACAAUGCGCAGUUACUAGAGCUAGGAAGCGGAAACCUCCGGAAAGUUGAGAUUCUGCUCCGCGAGUUCGAGUCGGCCGGCAAGCACGUCGAUUACUACGCCCUCGAUCUGUCCCUGCCCGAGCUUCAACGCACCUUUUCCGAGAUUUCGAUCGACGACUUCACGCACGUCGAGUUCCACGGCCUGCAUGGCACGUACGACGACGCUAUGGCUUGGCUGGAUAUGCCCGAGAACCGGAAGCUGCCGACGGUGAUUAUGUCCAUGGGGUCGUCGAUUGGCAACUUUGACCGGCCGUCCGCGGCGAGCUUCCUGGGGCAAUUCGCUCGGCUCCUGGGCCCUGACGAUCUGAUGAUUAUUGGCCUGGACGCUUGUAGUGAUCCGGACAAGGUGUUCCGGGCUUAUAAUGACUCCAAGGGCAUUACGCGGCAAUUCUACGAGAACGGACUGGUUCAUGCCAAUGCCGUGCUGGGGUAUGAGGCGUUCAAGCUGGAGGACUGGGACGUUAUUACGGACUAUAAUGUUGCUGAAGGGACACAUCGGGCGUUCUACGCGCCGAAGCAUGACGUGACCAUCAAUGGAACGGUGAUCAAGCAGGGCGAGAAGCUGAUCUUUGAAGAGGCAUACAAGUAUAGUGCUACGCAGCGGGAGCAGUUGUGGCAUGAUGCUGGGUUGAUCCAUAAGGUGGAGUAUGAGAAUGAGGCCGGGGAGUAUCAUCUUCAUAUCCUGUCCUCAGCAGUUUUGAAUUAUCCGACGAAACCUUCACAGUAUGCGGCAGGUGCCGUCCCGACAUAUGAAGAGUUUCGCAAGCUUUGGACGGCGUGGGACAUUGUCACUAGAUCGAUGGUGCCUCGCGAGAAGCUGCUUUCUAAGCCGAUCAAACUGCGUAAUGCCUUGAUUUUCUACUUUGGGCACAUUCCUACAUUUUUAGAUAUCCAUCUCACUCGAGCACUGGGCGAUGAGCCGACUUAUCCCAAGUCAUACCAGCUGAUUUUCGAACGUGGCAUUGACCCCGAUGUGGACAACCCUGAACACUGCCAUUCGCACAGCGAAGUUCCAGAUGAAUGGCCACCGCUCGACGAGAUUUUGGAUUACCAAGAACGGGUUCGCAGUCGCGUUCGGUCCAUCUACCAGAAGAACGACCUGGUCCAGGAUCGGACGCUGGGCGAAGCUCUUUGGAUCGGCUUCGAGCAUGAAGCCAUGCACCUCGAGACCUUUCUCUACAUGCUCAUUCAGAGUGAGCGGAUAAACCCCCCUCCUGCGGUCCCCAAGCCGGACUUUGAAAGAAUAUUCCGAGACGCCCGAGAGCGCGAGAGGUCGAACGACUGGUUCACCAUUCCAGAACAGACCCUAUCCAUAGGACUUGACGAUGACGGGAAAUCGGUGCCUAGUGCGUCCUACGCAUGGGACAACGAGAAGCCGGCGAGGGUCAUUUCCGUCCAGGCAUUCCAGGCACAGGGUCGACCCAUCACGAAUGGGGAAUAUGCCAGAUACCUUCAAGCGAAUAGCUUGGGCCAAAAACCAGAGUCGUGGAUUUGGACCCACCCCAAGGGGUCGUCUGGCGUUGUGCAUGGUGGACAGAGUAAUGGCCACGCUACGAAGGAGUACCUGGCGGGCUUUGCUGUUCGUACGGUGUUUGGGCCGGUGCCGUUGGAGUAUGCGCAGGAUUGGCCGGUCAUUGCGUCUUAUGAUGAGCUGGCACAAUAUGCGCAAUGGAUGGGUUGUCGAAUUCCAAGCUUCGAGGAAGUGAAGAGUAUCUAUGCUCAUGCAGCUCGGUUGAAUGGCGCCAAGCAGGAUUUGCCCAAUGGAUAUCGCCAUCGCGAGACAAGCGGUGUUAAUGGACACGGAAACGGUGUUCUUUCCACCAAGUUGACUGCUCCUGCGAAGCCUUCGCAUGAUUCCCAGCCGAUGUUUGUGGACCUCGACGACUGCAACGUCGGAUUCAAGCACUGGCACCCCAGCCCCGUCAUCCAGCACGGCAAUCGACUUGCCGGGCACGGUGAGUUGGGCGGAGUAUGGGAAUGGACGAGCUCGACUUUGGAGCGACAUGAAGGGUUCGAGGCUAUGGAGAUCUAUCCAGGGUAUACCUCCGACUUCUUCGAUGGAAAGCACAAUAUCAUUCUUGGCGGGUCCUGGGCCACUCACCCCAGGAUUGCGGGGCGGACGACAUUUGUCAACUGGUAUCAGCGGAAUUAUCCUUAUCCUUGGGCGGGGGCACGGUUGGUGCGGGAUUUUCGAUGAUGAGAGGGACAGUACUUACAGCACAGGGGGUUGGUGCGUCUGUAUGGACUGGUAUGGUCAGUUUUGUAUUAAGAUAGUAACUUUGAGUGUUAAGGAAGUAGUAGUAUGAGUUCCGACGAUGCUUCUUAAAGUGCGUGUCUGUCUACCUUAGCCGAGUUUCUGGGAACUGCGGGC